AUGGGCGGCCCUCCCUCCGCUACGCCUGGGCAGUCGGGCAGUCAUGCCUUAAAUUAUUUAAAUAACUCUUUUUUGUGGGGACUGGGGUGGGUGUUUGUCUUCCAUGUAGUUUAUAUCCUGGAGCCUGGAGAUCCUCCUUUGUUACAGCAACCACUACAGACAUCCAAAUCUGGUAUUCAACAAAUAAUUGAGUGCUUUCGAUCAGGAACUAAACAACUUAAGCAUAUUUUAUUAAAAGAUGUGGACACUAUUUUUGAAUGUAAAUUAUGCCGCAGUCUCUUCAGAGGAUUACCAAAUUUAAUUACCCAUAAGAAAUUUUACUGUCCACCAAGUCUCCAGAUGGAUGACAACCUUCCUGAUGUAAAUGAUAAACAAAGCCAAGCCAUAAACGAUCUCCUAGAAGCCAUAUAUCCAAGUGUGGACAAGCGAGAAUAUAUUAUUAAACUAGAACCCAUAGAAACUAAUCAAAAUGCAGUGUUUCAGUAUAUUUCAAGGACUGAUAAUCCUCCAGAAGUCACAGAGUCAAGCAAUACUCCUGAACAAACUGAAGUUCAAAUACAGGAAACUAACACGGAACAGUCUAAAACAGUACCAGUUACAGACACAGAGGUGGAACCUGUUGAGCCUCCUCCUGUCGAGAGCAUUGCAGAUGAAGUUGUGCCUACAUCUGAUGAACAACCUCAGGAAUCACAGACUGAUUUGGAAACAUCUGACAAUUCUGAUUUUGGUCACCAGUUGAUAUGUUGCCUUUGUAGAAAAGAAUUCAAUUCUAGACGAGGUGUUCGUCGGCACAUUCGAAAAGUACACAAGAAAAAGAUGGAAGAACUGAAAAAGUAUAUUGAAACACGAAAGAAUCCAAACCAGUCCUCUAAAGGGCGCAAUAAGAAUGUUCUAGUUUCAUUAAGUAGGAGUUGUCCAGUAUGUUGUAAAUCAUUUGCUACAAAAGCGAAUGUAAGGAGGCAUUUUGAUGAAGUUCAUAGAGGACUAAGGAGGGAUUCAAUUACUCCUGAUAUAGCAACAAAGCCUGGGCAGCCUUUGUUCCUGGACUCUGUUUCUCCUAAAAAAUCUUUUAAGACUCGAAAACAAAAGUCGUCUUCAAAGGCUGAAUACAAUUUAACUGCAUGCAAAUGCCUCCUUUGCAAGAGGAAAUAUAGUUCACAAAUAAUGCUUAAAAGACAUAUGCAAAUUGUCCACAAGAUCACUCUUGCUGGAACAAACUCUAAAAGAGAGAAAGGCCCUAAUAAUACUGCCAACAGUUCAGAAAUAAAAGUGAAAGUUGAACCAGCAGAUUCUGUAGAAUCUUCACCCCCUUCCAUUACCCAUUCUCCACAGAAUGAAUUAAAGGGAACAAAUCAUUCAAAUGAAAAAAAGAACACACCGGCAGCACAGAAAAAUAAAGUUAAACAAGACUCUGAAAGCCCUAAAUCAACUAGUCCGUCAGCUGCAGGUGGCCAGCAAAAAACCAGGAAACCAAAACUUUCAGCUGGCUUUGACUUUAAGCAACUUUACUGUAAACUUUGUAAACGUCAGUUUACUUCCAAACAGAACUUGACUAAGCACAUUGAGUUGCACACAGAUGGAAAUAACAUUUAUGUUAAAUUCUACAAGUGUCCUCUCUGCACUUACGAAACUCGUCGGAAACGUGAUGUGAUACGACACAUAACUGUGGUUCAUAAAAAGUCAUCUCGCUAUCUUGGGAAAAUAACAGCCAGUUUAGAGAUCAGAGCUAUAAAAAAGCCUAUUGAUUUUGUUCUAAAUAAAGUGGCAAAAAGAGGCCCUUCGAGGGAUGAAGCAAAACAUAAUGAUUCCAAACACGAUGGCACCUCUAACUCUCCUAGUAAAAAGUAUGAAGUAGCUGAUGUUGGUAUUGAAGUAAAAGUCACAAAAAACUUUUCUCUUCACAGAUGCAAUAAAUGUGGAAAGGCAUUUGCCAAAAAGACCUAUCUUGAACAUCAUAAGAAAACUCAUAAGGCAAAUGCUUCCAAUUCACCUGACGGAAACAAAACCAAAGGCCGAAGUACAAGAUCUAAGGCUCUUGUCUGCCUGGCGAAGCCAUCGCCCCGCAGCGCCGCCGUCCUGCGCCCGGCCGUCCCCGGGAGCCGCUGCCCGCCCGCGGGCGCCGUCACCACGCGCCAGGCCGCUGCCAGCUGCCGCGCCAAGCUCCGCGGCGGUGCCGCCCGGGAGCGCCAGCACGCGGCGCGGGGUCUCGGCAAGCCCGCCGGCCCGUGAGCCCGGGCGCCGCCCGCCGCCGCACCGCCGCCGCCUCCGCGUCGCUCUCCGGGUCGCGCCCAGCGCCACCGUGUGCAGCCACCUCCGAGCCCGGCCUGUGCUCACACCGCCUCACCCCUCGCUCUGCCUGAACCUGGCUUCCUGGUUUACCCCAGAGCUCUCCCACCAAGCCCCCGGGGACCAUGUGCCUUAGGGCCAGGGUGGGGUGGCCCCUGUGCUUUUCUUCAUUCUGCUUGCUAAAUCCCGGCUUCUUUGAGCAUCCCGUCACCGGACAAGACUCCUUUUCCUUCCUCUUUGUAAUUUAUAGACUUCCUAUUUCUUGUCGGUUUCUUUCAUUAUUAGUUCUUCAAAGACUAACUUCUACUUUAGUUUUCUCCACCUCAAGUCCUGUCAUAACAAACUAGUCCCCCACUGACAUCUACCAGAAGAUUUUAGUAAUUGUCCAAAUUCUCAGUGACUACUGGGUGGUUGACACACCCUGAGUUGUGUCAUACCUAACUGUGGUUGAACUUGAACUCCAGCAUUCUGUCCUCCUCUUCCUGUAACUUCAUCUGUAAUGACUAUUUCGUCCCAUCCGAAUUAGUCCUAUCUUCCAAGGUUCGAUCUUGUCAUUGUCAAAAACUGCAUCUUCUCUGGAAUCUUGUCUGUGGUAUUGUCUGUGUCAUUAAGAUCUGCUCCAGGAAGCAUCGAUAACUGACAGCUCCACCUGCUUUCCCAGGAGCUCCACCACUGUGUUUGCACUGAGGUCAUGCUUCUCCAGGGCCAUUUCCAUUGACUGAGCACACUGUCCAGGGGAUUGGUGAUAGUCCAUUCGUGUGAGGUGCAGGACUCCGCUAAUGAGCAAUUUUGGCUUGGGGACCCCUCAACACCUGGCUGAAACUUAGAACUGUAGUAUGCAGUCCGAAGCUCUUCUUGCCCAAUCCCCCUUCCUUUAAUAGGUGGCUUAGUUUCCUAUGAAAUGAAGCCUCCCUUCCCUCCUCCUGCUUCCUUUGCUCUGUCCUCUCAGUAGAACUUUUGUAUGGUGAUCCCUGUCUUGGUGUCUGCUUCUAGGACCUGAACUAAUACAAUGUCAGACAUUCCACUUCCUGAUCACCAUUUUCCUAUCCUAGAUUGUUUGCUUGCUGACAGCUAGUUCAUUAACCUCAUUUCCACCGAUUAGCCCCUUUUUUGUGUGUACUUCCUGGACUAGCCUAGAUUGCAUAGUCCAUUAUAACCAUUCUUGAAAUGCAGUGCCCCCAGCUCUUUGGAGCCUCAUUUUCUUGCAAGUUACUUUCCUGACAAAAUAUCAACCUUGGGUAAAGUUUACAUCUGCCCUGCAUGGGCCUGACUGAGACAAAUGAAUCUUGUCUAAAGAAAAAUCACAAAACCCAGCCAACUAGUUUCACUUUCAAUUCAUUGUCUCACACCUCAAAUUUGUGCUGUUGUUGCUACUACGUUCUUAAUUUCUCACUUAACUACUGUUAAUAGGUUUUCAACUCCUCAAAAAUGAUUUGCUCCCUUUUUCCUGGCUUACUUCAUAUUUCACUGAGAAAAUAGGAGUUAUUACAUACAAACUUCCUCAUCUUCCCACCACAAGACCCUUCAACUCAGCUACCUUGGGAACCAUCUUCUUCCUUUUUUUUUUGGAACUAUGAAGGCAGCUUUAAAGGUCAUUCCCUUCUCUUGUACUCUGACCUCAGAGGCUAGUAAUGCUCUUUGCUGUUUAAGCUGCUCUCAUGGUCACUCUCCCCCCACCACAAUGUAUCCUUUAAUAAGUACCAGGAUAGGACGUUUUGAGAAAGGUCUGCUCAGAGCACCCUAUUGGAAGUAGUUCAGCCUCUUUCUCCUCCCAUUUGCUAGCUCAGUCCUUUAUUUACAACCUUAUUUAUUUUUUAAAAUUUGCUUCUGGGGGAGUCUGUUUCCCACACUAGAAUAUAUGAAGGAAGAGACUGUGUGUUGCAUUCUCUGCCCUAGCAUAAUGUUUGGCACAUGUCAGGUCCACAGAAAAUACCUGUUGAAGGAGUAAAUAAAUGAAUAUGUUAAUUUUUCUGUUAGGGGUUCACUUUUUAUUAAUAUCUCUUUUUAUAUUAAAACCACUAACCAUUUGUUUAUUCUGUAUGCUACAGACAUUUUUCCC